AUGCAGCACGUCAAGGACAUCGCGACGCUGUCGGAGGCGCAGAACGCGCAGCUCCAGCGCGCGGUGAACACCGGCGACCGAGCUGGUGACACGGAGGAGGCCGAGACGACAGUGGCAGCCAUCACGAGUGGUGGCAGCACAGGCGGGCGCGCUACGGCUCGCAUGAAGGGCGGAAUAGCGUGGACGAGAUCGGCGCACGGAACACGCGGCGCGUCUAAAUGUGCAGAAGCAGCAGCUCGACAGGAGGAGUUAGCUGAGAGCAGAGAAGUUGUGAACACGGCUUAG